GUUAAUAUUACGAAAAGGCGCGAAACACAAAUCAUCUAAUACAAGAUCAAGAUGACAGAUUGCUUUGAAUUUCUCGAGAAACUUGCAGUUGAAAAGGAGAAUCGCGAGGGAAACAGAAACGACCUGUUUCAAAAAUGGAUUCAACUGAAGUCGGUCAGAGAUAAACUCUUGACAAAACUUGAUCACCUAGACAGAACAGAGAAUGACUUGGACAAAGAGAUAGAAACAGAGCUAAAGGAUCAGGGAAUUGAAUCCCAAGGUGUGCAUAAUCAAGAGAUUCGGGAGAGACAUCAGUAUUUACAAGACCUUCUCAGUGUAUACAGAAUCACUGGUACACAUGUAUGUCAUGAGGAUAAACAUCAGUUCACAGUGUGUUUGGAUGCUGCAUACUAUGAUACUGUUGUGGACUCUUAUCUGAUAGAGUUCAAAGCCAGAGAGAAUAGUUACAUCAUAAACCGACACUCUCUACCAGAAUUUAUUCCUACACUUCAGCUGGAAAAAGAACACCUACCCCAUGGAGAUUUAUCUACAUUUCUGUCUGUCAUAAAAAACUACUUACAGGAUUUUGUUUUCAAAAAAGAGGAGGUAGAGAAAGUUAAGAAAUUUGCAACUGAAAAUGGUUUAUCUUGUUCUGCGCAAUACACAUCAAGCUACGAUUUUGUUGAAGUUGAAUUGGAAGAUCCUAAUCAAGUGUACAGAAUAAAACUAGUGUAUGGAUUAAUGAAUGUGCUACCAGAAAAAGUCCAAAUAGAGGAAGAUUCAGAGACACAGCAGGACAUCAAGCAGUGGAAGAGUGUACUUUUGUCAAAACCACUUUAUGAUUCAUUUUCACAGAUUGUGAAAGAUAUACUGGAUUAAUUAUAGUCUGUCCCAAGAUAUUUCUGCUGCACAUUUGGUUGAUUUUUAAUAGAAAUACACAUACCUGUGAAAGAAGUGCAACGGAAAUUGAUGAAAGGAAAAAUUCCAAGAUAACUUCAUUCACAGAUUAUCAUUUUCCCUCGUAAAAAUUCACAGGAUUGAAAACAGUUUUCUAACAGAGAUUCAUUAUGGGGAAUGUUGACAUCUUUUCUCCAUUCAGAAGUCACUCGGAAUACCUCGCACAAUUUUUCAAAGUUAUCAUUCAGGCUUCAUUAUGGCUGAUGCAAUGCAAAAUCCCCGUAGACUUUCUGUUUUUAGACGUGUAUUGAAACCUGACAAGCUAGAGGGGGCAUUUCAAAAGGGAAAUCUUGGGAUUUUUUCAUACUACUGAAUGAACAUCGUCUGAAUCAAGAGGUAUUUAUAGAUAUCGAUUAAUUUAAUAUGCAGCAAAAAUAUUUUUGGACAGACUUUAAAAGGAAUUCUAUAUUGUUAAUGGAUUAAACAAAAGUGAUAAACUUUGGUUUUAAAAAAAUUAUUAUGUAAUUAACGUGUAUUAAAUCUUUAAUUCUACUUAUUGUGUACAAAAUUAUUUAAUAGUUACUGCUAUUUGAAGACUUUAGAAUAAAUAUGAAAAAAUGGA